GCACGGAGGUCCUUUCAGACUGUCUUGUGAUCUGGUGGACCUCGGCACAUGAUUCAGUCCUGAUAGCGCUGCAUGAAGCAGCCUGAUAUCAAGUCUUCAAGCUUCAAGCUCCAGAGUCUCGCAUCAUUCACCAGAGUCAAUCAUGGCUAUCGCUAAACCAUCUGGCGGUCCUGACCCCAUUCUGCUUACGCUCUUCGCGAAUCGUUUCAUGAGCUACCAACAUAAAGAACGCUUGGACUUCUCUUGUGCACUCUUCGCCCCUGACGGUGAUUUGGUCGCAAAUGCGCCGUUCAUCCCGAUUCACCUUGGAUCUAUGAGCUUCGCCGUGAAGUACCAAAUGAAACUUCAUGGAAAGGAGUUGAAAGAUGGUGAUGUGCUGAUGACCAACUCUCCUCAUGCUGGGGGAUCCCACCUGCCGGACAUCACUAUAAUUACUCCAGUUUUUGACAAAGGAACUAACGAGAUCAUAUUCUUUACCGCCUCCCGUGGACAUCAUGCUGAUAUCGGCGGUAUACUGCCUGGGUCUAUGCCACCCACAUCUGUGAAUAUAUUCGAAGAGGGAGCGGAAAUCGUGAGCCUGAAGAUUGUAGAUGGCGGCGUGUUCGACAAGAAGAGGUUGUACGAGUACAUGGUCGAAAAACCAGCCCAGUAUCCGGGGAGUUCGGGCUGCAGAAACAUCAAGGACGUUGAGAGUGACCUCAAGGCGCAAAUUGCAGCCAACCACAAGGGAGUCCAGCUAAUCAGAGCAAUCGUUGAUGACUAUAGUCUAGAAACUGUUCAAGAAUACAUGUAUCAUAUCAGGACCAAUGCCGAGAACUCGGUCCGAAACCUACUGCGUGACGUCGCGAAACGGUCGGGAACCAAUGUUCUCAAGGCCGUGGAUUACCUGGACGAUGGAACUCCGAUUCAGCUAAAGGUGGAGAUCAAUGAGGAAAAAGGAUCUGCCGUCCUGGAUUUCGAGGGUACAGGGUGCGAAGUUAGGGGAAACCUGAAUUCCCCGAUUUCAGUGGUGCACUCUGCCGUGAUUUAUUGCAUGCGUGCAAUGCUGAAUGUCGACAUUCCACUCAACGCUGGCUGUCUCGUUCCUGUUGAGAUCAAGAUUCCCAAGAAAUCCCUUCUUUCUCCAUCCAGGACCGCUGCCGUGUGUGGCGGAAAUGUAUUGACCUCUCAGCGUAUUGUGGAUGUGGUUCUCAAGGCUUUUCAUGCGUGUGCUGCUAGUCAAGGAUGCACUAACAACUUGACCUUUGGUACAGGCGGCAAAGAUAAGAAUGGCGUAGCCAUCGCUGGAUGGGGUUAUUAUGAGACCAUCGCGGGUGGAUCAGGAGCCGGCUCAGGUUGGCAUGGCACAUCAGGUGUACACACUCACAUCACCAACACUCGCAUUGGCGAUGUCGAAAUUCUUGAACGCCGUUAUCCUGUCCUUAUACAUCGCUUCGGUCUUAGACCAGACUCUGCAGGGAAGGGUAAAUGGAAUGGCGGCGAUGGUGUGAUCAGGGAGUUCGAGGUUAUGCAAGGGAUGCAAGUGUCUAUCCUAAGCGAAAGACGUACACGUGCACCAUACGGCAUGGCAGGCGGCGAGCCCGCCAUGAUGGGACGCAACACUUGGAUCAAGCAACGCCGCACGGAGGAUGGUGACAUACCGGAGGAAACUUCCAACGAAGAUCUGGGACCACGCCACAUAAACAUUGGAGGGAAGGCGACGGUGUUCAUGGGCAAAGGAGAUCGCCUCCUGAUCGAGACGCCCGGCGGCGGAGGUUGGGGCAGGCCUGACGAAGAUCAGUUGGAGAUUAAUGAGGAACACAAGCACGCCUGGGAAGCAAGGGGAAGUUUCGCGGAGAGGGCUGCUGCGCAAGCUGGGUUCUAGUCACUCUGUGACAAGUCUCAAGCUAUCCUAGAACAGUUGAAGUUCAACUUGCACGACUUCCCGUCAGACUUCACAGGCGCGUAGGUAAUAAUUCGAAAAUGCAGCACCUUCCCAGUGUAGUGUUGCACUAGUGCAUUAAGUUCAGCUAGCACCUAGGCAUCUCAGUUCUUCCACUACAGCAAAUCAUGGUGGCCAAUUAUCCAAACCACUGUUCCACGCUGCAGGCCAGUCGUCAACGUCGACUCGUUAUGGCGUUUGAAAUUAUCCUUGACAAAUUAUUAUCGUAAGUAUGAAGUCAGACCUUAUUUUGUGCCUUGUUCGGGACCAACUUGCCUGUAAUAUAGUUAAGUAAUAGAACCGCCCUUGGAG